UGCACCAGUCACUCACAGUCGCCGGUCAGACUCCUAGAAGACCCGUCUGGUCACUUAUUCCUUUCCGCAAUCAGAUGGGUUUUAAAAAUCUUUCUGCCGCCCUGUAAUGGGUUCUGUGUGCAACGAUCAGAGCACUGUAGACUGUUACCGUUUCAUCAAGAGCCCUCCGAGGACCACUAGCCUUCUGCACAAGUGACUGUUGGUGUGGUUGCCAUUUGUGCGGCCGUUUGGUGCUGACACCUACACUCAGUAGCACUGUACUUUACCCAUCGUAUGUGUAAGGAACUGUCGCGCAGAAUUCGUUGGCAUAGAUUCGCAGCAUUGUGUGUUACCGUUUGUUGCUGGGACUGACAUGGACUGUGAAGCACUGUUUGGGUGAAAGAUAGGUCAAGUGGGCACUCCGUUGUGCUGUACAUGAAUGUGAAGGAAGCAAACGAGGGAGUGAAGCAGAGGUUGCUGUGGUCGUCUUCGUCUUUAGUAGCUGAAAGCUGGCGCAUCUUCUGGUGUACGCAGUGACUUCGAUUUUCUUCAUGUGUCGAUGCUGAGUUGGUGGAGCGGACAUGCAUGCGCCUGCCCAGGAUUUACUUGUUGGACGAGCAGCACUGAUGUUUGGUGAUUGCACGGAUUUGUUGUCCAGACCUUCGUUGAUGACUAUUAUGAAUGUCUUGUAUCUUCACUGCACCUGGUUAUCAGUCUGAGGCGGAGAACAGGCCUGAGUGUAAGGAUCUAUUCGCGAGAGCGAUUAAACCCACCUCACAAACAAAAAUGGUUGAGAGUAUGCUAGGAUUUCUUGUGAGAUAGAGUGAAGGUAUUGGUCAUUGCAGUGUCCCGCUGCACCUGUGCACAGCUUCCUGUUACAGAGACCUUUAGGGAGUACUUUGAGAUAAGAGCUAUUGUAUUUCUGUUGCGGCGAUUGGUGACGCGGUUAAGAAUGACGCGCAAGGUGGAGACACAGUUGAAACCUGUGCUGUCAAUGCUCGGCUCUCGCCCUGGAGCGGAAGCCGUCGAGGUAGCUAUGCAGACGCUGUUUCGCAUCGAAACGAAGCUCUCCGUUGAUGUAGCGGAAGAGCUCCUGGAUUCGAAGAAGAAUGUGCACCAAGAAGCAGCUGAGAAAGAGAAGCUCCCCUACCUUGCCGUGAUUCAGUUGGAAAUGCUUCAUCAAUUCCACGAGGAUAUGUUGCAGCAAUCAACCAAGGCUCCAACCUCCCCGACAGAUUCUGAAACUUGUGGCGAAGCAGUUGAAUUAGAAAAAUUGUUCGCAGAAACCCCCGGCAAGACUUUGGAGCACUUCGACUUUAGCGGCAAGGCCUUGAAGAGCUUCCCCCGAUCAUGGACGGCUAUGUCUAGUCUCAUUUCGCUGAACCUUUCCAACAACCAGUUGGAGGCGUUGCCGAGUGAUGUAGGUGGUCUUGUAAAUCUCGUGGAGCUCAAUGUGCAUUCCAACCAACUGAAGAGCCUACCAGAUAGCAUCGGAAACCUCUCGAAGCUCACAAUUCUCAACGUAUCAGGGAAUCAACUGAAAACUCUUCCGAUGAGCUUAAGCAAAUGCAGUAAGAUGUUGGAAUUGAACGCUCAUUUCAACCAACUGGAAAUCUGGCUCCCCGUCUUCGGCUGGAAAUUGGCUAUGCUGCGGAAGCUGGAGCUUCAAUUCAACAAUCUUGUAACACUGCCGGAAUCGUUCGGUUACCUCAGCGGAUUAGAACAUCUGGACCUCAGCAAUAAUCGUCUUUGCUGUCUUCCGACCUCCGUCGGACUUCUAUCUCAUCUCAAAACCCUAGACCUGAGCAGGAACUUCAACAAUCUCUGCAAUCUGCCUCAUUCUCUCGGUAACCUCACAUGUCUGUCAACGUUGGAUCUCAGCUUCAACCAAAUCCGUGUGCUGCCCUCGUCACUCGGCAAACUCCAAAAUCUCAAGAAUCUCGUACUUGACCAAAACCCGCUCACUGUACCACCGAAACAGGUAAUUGAGCACAGCCAGGAAGCUGUAAUGGCCUACCUGCUUGAUCUUUACGAAAAUGGCGCCAAAAUCAAGCAAUCAAACACGAGACAAAAGGGGAAUAAGUUGAGCACGAGGUCGCCGGUGAGAUCAUCUCCCGCUUGUUUGAUGAUUCCUGCUAGCCCUCGCUAUGAUCACGCCGGUGGAUGGGUUCCUGUCAGGGCAGGCAACACAAGGAUGCGGACUUUCUUAGGUCAAUGGAUGUGUUGGAGAGGGAUGGGUGGCAGCUCAAUGCGGUGGCAAGAAUACAAUUCAGAUGACGAAGAGUGACAGUAACCUAUUCAUCUCCAUUUCCACUCUCUUGUACUUUACACCGGUAACACAUUGUAACACUGAUGUCUUGCAAUUGGUCGAACGAGCAUCUCGUUCGUCGACUUCAGCAUGGUUUGUGGACACUACUGCUGGACUUUAGUUGAGCUGUUGUAGUUACAUCUACAGAGUGUAUUACGACUUGCUUGACCUCCAGAUUUGUUGAAAUUCAAAUGAAUUCAUGUAAUACGUGAACAGA